UGCCAAGGUGGGUGCCAGCCAGACGUAGAAGCAGGAAGGAGAGGGGUGACUUGUGUGUUGUGCUGCGUCGUGGACGCUGUCUAGAGUGCCAUGUGUGUGUGUCCCUGCUGACCCUCGCUACCUGCUGAGGCUCAGCACUGUCAGGUCCCGCCGGAGGAUGGGCGAAGCUUCCACCGACAUGGCGGACGGUGCAACCAUAGAAGGGCGUGUGGGUGGCGAUGUGGGCGGCAGUGUGGAUGGCGAUGUGGGUGGGAAGUGUGGUGGGUGUGGGUGUGAAGCACACACCAAGUGUACUGGGUGUCGCAGUGUUUACUACUGUAGCAGACAGUGUCAGAAGAAAGGAUGGCCCGGACACAAGGAUCAGUGUAGACCCUUUACGGUCAGCAAGAACAAGGAGGUGGGUCGCUUACUGGUAGCAUCCAGAGACCUGGAUGUGGACGACUUCAUCCUGAGGGAGGCGCCGCUGGUGCUGGGACCAAAACAGGAGACGGAACCUGUCUGUCUCGCCUGCUACAGGAGGGUCUCCGGAAGGUACAGGUGCUCGAGGUGCUCGUGGCCCCUAUGUGGGCCCAAGUGUGAGAACAAACCUGACCACCAGCCGGAGUGUGAGGUCACCAGAGCAGCCGGGGUCACCAUCGAUAUAGACGAUGCUGAUGGAGGACCUCACCACCUCUACGAGGUCGUCACCGCCCUCAGAUGCUUGGUGUUGGCUGGUCGUGAUCCGAGGCGCUGGAGGAUGUGUACAGAGAGAUUCAACAGCAGGUACCCGAGGUGUGUUGGUCACGACGUAGUUCAUCUUCUCAGAAACACUUUCAAGAUCCACCAGUACCCGGGUGUGGAUGGGUCUGAAGCUGCUAUACACGCGGUGCUGGGAGUGUUGCAGAUCAACCAGGUGCCUACCAAGACAGCUUACGGGGAGGUACAAGCACUCUACCCCAUGGCAUCCCUGUCUACCCACUCUUGCAUGCCCAACACCAAGCCUGUCUUCAAGGACAAUCAGCUGACCCUCAGGGCAUCAGAUCCCAUCAGACGUGGGGAACCCAUCACAGCCAUUUACACAGAUAUCCUGUGGGGAACACGGGCGAGGCGGGACCACCUUCGUCAGAGUAAGUUACUCUCGUGUACAUGUCAGCGCUGCGCUGACCCCACUGAACUUGACACGUACUUCUCGGCCCUCGUCUGCCGUCGCUGCUCCAAGCUUGUCCUGCCUACUAACCCCCUGGAUGACCUGGCUCCGUGGACCUGCCAGGCCUGCUCACACCAGGUGAGCGUUGAGGAGGUACUACGGACCAACCUGGCACUGGGUGCCGCUGUGGAGAUGGCUCUGGCAGGCCCUACCAUUGACACGCUGGAGGCGCUGCAGAAGGAGUGGGUGUCGAGAGUCCACAGCAACCACUACCACCUCCAUGCCGUCAAGCACUCACUACUACAGCUGUAUGGCAGGUCCAAGGAGAAGGCUGCAGAGACGGAGAAGGACGAAGCCCAUUGGCUGGAGAUCGCCAAGAAGGAGAAAGCCUGCAAGGAAUUCCUCACCGUGUGUUCCCGUCUGGACCCAUCUACCGCUCAGACCAUCCCAUACGUCGGACUCACCUUCUACGAGUACCACAAGACCAUUCUACAGAACGCCCAGCGCUACUUCGGCCAGAGGAAGAUAACAACCCAGCAGCUCAAAAAAAGGAUGCUCCUCUCUAAGGCGCUACUCAAGAAAGCAAUGGAGAUCUUCAGACACGAAGCAGAGGACACCCCAGAGGGUCAAUUGUACCUGACCUGUGAGCAGGAGGUCAUUAGGAUCGGCAAGUGGAUGCUGGCUGUGGGAUUGGUAUUUCUCGGUGAUGCGCUAUUUCAUUCACCGUCUGCCCAUCCUGGACGUGGGCAGAAGAGUCUGCCCACCCUGGACGUGGGCAGGAGAGUCUGCCCACCCUGCAUGCUGGCAGAAGAGUCUGCCUACCCUGGACCUGGGCAGGAGGGUCUGCCCACCCUGGACGUAGGUAGGAGAGUCUGUCCACCCUGGACGUGGGCAGGAGAGUCUGCCCACCAUGCACUUGGACAUGAGAGUUUGCCCACCAAGCACAUGGGCAGGAAUGUCUGCCCACCCUGGACGUGGGCAGAAGAAUCUUCCUACCCUGGACGUGGGCAAGUGAAUCUGCCCACCCUGGGCGUGGGCAGGAGAGUCUUCCUACCCUGGAUGUGGGCCAGAGAGCCUGCCCACCCUGGAAGUGGGCAGGAGAGUCUGCCCACCCUGGACGUGGGCAGAAGAGUCUGCCCACCCUGGACGUGGACAGGAGAGAGAUUCUGUCCACCCUGGACGUGGGUAGGAGAGUCUGCCCACUCUGGACGUGGGCAGGAGAGUCUGCCCACCCUGGGAGUGGGCAGGAGAGUCUGCCCACUCUGGACGUGGGCAGGAGAGUCUUCCCACCCUGAACGUGGGCAGGAGAGUCUGCCCACCCUGGACGUGGGCAGGAGAGUCUGCCCACUCUGGACGUGGGCAGGAGAGUCUGCCCACCCUGGACGUGGGCAGGAGAGUCUGCCCACCCUGGACGUGGGCAGGAGAGUCUGCCCACCCUGGACGUGGGCAGAGAGGUCUGCCCACCCUGGACGUGGGCAGGAGAGUCUGCCCACCCUGGACGAGAGUCUGCCCACCCUGGACGUGGGCAGAAGAGUCUGCCCACCCUGGACGUGGGCAGGAGAGUCUGCCCACCCUGGACGUGGGCAGGAGAGUCUGCCCACUCUGGACGUGGGCAGGAGAGUCUGCCCACCCUGGACGUGGGCAGUAGAGUCUGCCCACCCUGGAUGUGGGCAGGAGAGUCUGCCCACCCUGGACGUGGGCAGGAGAGUCUGCCCACCCUGGACGUGGGUAGGAGAGUCUGCCCACCCUGAACGUGGGCAUGAGAGUCUGCCCACCCUGGACGUGGGCAGGAGAGUCUGCCCACCCUGGACGUGGGCAGGAGAGUCUGCCCACCCUGGACGUGGGCAGGAGAGUCUGCCCACCCUGGAGGCGGAGUCUCCCACCCUGGACGUGGGCAGGAGAGUCUGCCCACCCUGGACAUGGGCAGGAGAGUCUUCCCACCCUGGACUUGGGCAUGAGAGUCUGCCCACCCUGGACGUGGGUAGGAGAGUCUGCCCACCCUGGACGUGGGCAGAAGAGUCUGCCCACCCUGGACGUGGGCAGGAGAGUUUGCCCACCCUGGACUUAGAACAGAUGCCAGAGGUGCAGGGAGGCGUGUGUGAGGUGUGCAACAAACCAGCCAAGCAGUUCUGUUCUUCAUGUCGUUCAGUGUUCUACUGUUCUAGAGAGUGUCAGAAACAGGACUGGAAAGACCAUAAAGGCAAAUGCAAGCCAUACAUCGUUCAAAACCAUCCAAUUUAUGGAAGGCACAUGGUAGCGAGCCGUGACAUUCGUCCUGGUGAGGUGAUCCUGAAGGAGGAAGUCCUGGUGGUGGGUCCCAAGCAACGCUCUCCACCAGUGUGUCUGGGAUGCCACAAGGCCAUCACUGGCACCUACACUUGUUCCAGGUGCCACUACCCUCUGUGUGCACCAUCUUGUGAAGUCUCAAAAUAUCACAAGCAUGAGUGUCCUAUACUGGCUGGGUCUGGAGUGAAGAUCAAGAUAGACAAUGUUGAGUCUGCCCACCCAGCCUAUGAAUGUAUUACACCUCUACGAUGUCUUCUACUCAAGCAAACUGAUCCCAAGAAGUGGCAGACCAUCAACCAACUACAAGAUCAUGUCCACAAUAUUAAGAACACUGAGAUGGGUUCUGUUAUUCAAAGAAACACUGUUGAUUUCCUUCAAAACUAUAUAAAAUACAAUGGUGCAGACAGUAAAGAAAUAUACCGAAUGUGCGGCAUCUUACUUAUCAAUAGUUUUGAGUUAAAACAUAACGGUCAGCGAGUACGUGGGAUAUACCCACAAGCUGCCAUGAUGGCACAUGACUGCAUUCCCAACACCAAACAUGCUUUCGACGAGGACCUGGCACUAAUAUUACGAGCAACUGUCGUCAUUCGAAAGGGUAACCCUAUAACCAGCACCUAUACCAACAUACUCUGGAAUACACUACAACGCCGCAAACAGCUACAGUUUGCGAAGUAUUUCCUGUGUACAUGUCGGCGAUGUUCUGAUCCCACUGAGCUUGGAACGUACCUGGGCACCCUCUUAUGUAGCGAGUGUGGUGGACGUGUUCAGUCUACCACACCUCUGGACAUGGAUGCCAGAUGGGCAUGCCAGAAGUGCCCCAACACUAUUUUAGGCAAAACAGUGUUCUGGGGUGAUCAAAUACUAUAUAAAGAGCUCCGUGGACUAGAACAAAACACAGCCCGACAGCUAGAGGAAUUUUUAGAGUGCUACAAGAAAGCUUUACAUCCCAAACAUCGCUUUUUUAUGGAGGCUAAGUAUGCCCUCAUCAAGUUCUAUGGCAACCACAAAGAAUGCAGAUAUAGAGAUAUGACAAGAGAACAAUUGGAACGAAAAGUGGAGUACUGCCGAGAACUGUUGGAGCUGGCUAAUACUAUAGACCCAGGCUUGAGUCUGUUCCGGGGCACACUCUUGUUUGAGCUUCAAGCUGCCCUUGUGGCACAGGCUAGGUUACUCCUGUCUAAUGAUAUCAUCACUAAGGAGGCCACGCAGGACUACAUGACAGAAGCUGUAAAGUAUCUGAAGGAGGCCUCUGAGAUCCUCAAGCAUGAGCCAGACAUGGAGAAGGGCGGCCUAGAUGCAAAACUCAAGCUGUUAUCAGAAGAACUUGAUAUAUAAAACUGGCAGGCAUACCCACAUAAAAAAUUAUUCUCAACAUAUGAAAAGUAAUUUAAUGAAUAGGAAGCUAAUAAACUGAGUUUUUUCCUUAGGUGAAAGACCUUUGGCUUGCAAGGGUAUCAAUAAGGCCACAAAGUAAACUUGGUGUACAUAAACUGCAAGACAUCUUUGUGUAUAAAUUGUUGCUGGUAAAGGUAAAUCAUUCAGAAUUUUGAUGGUAGUCGGGUCAGGUUUGUGUGUUCCUCGUCAACAAAUUUUUGGAAUGCAUUAAUGAAUGUCUUAUUUUUAUAACAUGUUAUAAUUCAAAAUUCAUGAACUGUUAUUUCUUGAAUUUAUUGUAAUUAAAUUUUUCUUCUACAAUACAGUAUUAAAAACAUGAUUAUUUAAACGAUUCACUGUUUUCUUUUUUUUUUGUAGAAAUGACAUAAAUGGUAAUGUAUGAUUCUAAAUAUAAUUCUACAUAAUUCUAAUGUAACUCCUUUUUUCAUAUAAAGUUUCAUAUAAAAUAGAUUUUACUGUU